CACCUUUAUCACUCCUCCCUGGGGGGUGUCCAAAUUCCCUGCCCCGGGAGGUAAUGCUGCCUGCUGUAGAGGAAUGAGUCACGGGUUAAGGAACAGGUGGAAUGCCAUUAGCCACCGUGGGCACCAAUUACCAGCUGUAAAAGCCUUGUACAAUCCCAAUGUAAAGAGUCCUUUAGAAAAACUCUUCUGCCUGUCCUCAGGGGAGGGAUCUGCUGGAGUGUGUGUCUGCGUGCGCAUGCAGUCAAGGGCUGGGGGUGGACUUCCAAGUCCUUCACUAGCUAUAGUCUUCCCUAGGGGCAGUUUGCAAAACUUCCCUGCCAUUGCUCAAGCUGGCUCAGCGCCACAGGGGUUAACAGCAGCAGCUGCAAUGUGCAUGGCUCACCAUUGGCCUAAGCACCGUGUGGAGGCGAUCUGUUCUGAGCAGAGUUAGAUGGCAUGGUGAGCAACAUAUCUAAGCUAAGGGCUAGAUCCCCAGCUGCUGCUGAGAUAUGUGAAACAGGGGAGAGCGCAAAUGGCUGUAAACCUUGGGGUUGCUCUAAGUUAUGCCCAACUGUCCAUGGGCCCAAGGGGCAGUUCCAACAGCUGGGGACUGCUGGAGUAUAGGGAUGCCUUCCCCUUCCCCCUUGAAACAGGGCAAGGAGUGGCAGUGAGCCAGUUAAGCUGGCUUUCUAGCUACUGUUUGUCACUUUGCAUAGGGCCCUACAGAACCUGAGACUGGACCUGGAACUGCCCUGGCAGCUGGAAAGGGGGUUUGGGAAAGCCCCUUGGUGGAGAAUUCAUCUCUGCAUUGGUGCUGAGCCUGGCACAGAGACUGACCUGGGAGGCAAUGUGCCUCCUGAUUCUUCAGUGGCCAGGGGCUGUCCCAGCUUGCAUGCUGUCUGCAAGGGCUCCUAUGGGCCAUUCUAAGUUCCAAGGGGCCACUGAAACUCCUGGCCAUGCAUCCUCCAGCCCUGCCAGCAUAUCGCCUUUUGCAGGGGUGUCACGCUGGCUCUGUGCCUGCUGGGGCCCCCAGUGUCACUGCGAAGCGGCUGCAGUGUGGGGUGAAUUCCCCCAAAACCGCCGGACAGCCUGGUUCAGUUUUGAGAGGCUCCCCGAGGGUUGGGGGUGGGGGCAGAAGCAUGUUCCCCUCAGGCUGAUGACAUGAGAGUCCCCUGGAGACUUCCUCCUUCAGGGAGGCUCCCAGUUUAGUCUAACUGAGCUCUUUCCCCUGGCCUGACACAAGGAGCAGCCCACAGGGCAGCAGCUGGGAGCAGAGGGGACAGCUAGCCAGGAUUCCCCACAGGCUGAAGGGCCCCGCCUACCCUCUGCCCAAGGAAGGGGUGGGCGGAGCCUGGAGCCUGUAGCUAGAGGGAGUCAGUGAGAGCUGAACAGACAGAGCAGGUGGAAGGCAGCUCUCUUGCUCGUUCCCUGGACCUGGCUAUCCCCAGCCUCUUGCCUGCAUCAGCCUCUAGCCUGGGACCUGUCCUGAUGCAUCCUUUGAUGCUGGGUCAGCCCCUUUGCCUCCAGCAAACCGGAAACCAGAGUCACUCACCUGGAUAUUCCCCCAUCACCCCUCCUGGAAACCUGGGACCCUCAGCCCCUUGCAUGGAAUAGACUCUCCUCCUGGACCCUUGACCUUUCACCCUGAUCGGGCACCUGCCCAGGACCCUCAGCCUCUCAGCUAAGAGCCUGGGGUCUGGGUUAGUUCAGCUCUGGCUGUGUAAUUUGCUGGCCUGCAGGUGUCUGCUUGUCACCUGUCCUGCCAGCUGGAAAAUCAGGUCUUCCUGGUCCCUGUGUCUCUUUCCUGGAGGCUGCCCCCAUCCCAGGGGCAACAGUCCCUUUCAGCCUUGGUGUUUGGCUCUCUAAGAAUUUCACUGCCACUUUCUGCUCCCCUCCCAUCACUUUCCAUGGCCAUGUCCUAGUUGGGUCUCAGCCUGCCUGUCCUCCCCUUUGGGAGGCAUGAGGCCAGCAUGGGGCUCACAGACCCUGGGGUGCAGAGGAAGAAGCUCCCUCUGCCUGCUGGGCUUCUCUCCGUUGCGUUGGAAGUUGGCAGUGAUGCGUCGGCAUCUCCUCCGCUGUCUCUCUGGAGCUGCUCUGCUCCUUGUCACCAUGGCUUUCCUCUCCAUGAGGCACCAUGGCACUCAAGAGGUGGUCCGCUACCAAGGGGUUGGUGAUGGGACAUCGGAUAUCCUGGAGCACCAGGCUAAAAUGUCCCCAGUGGAUGUUCUGGGAGACAGCAGCAGGAGACAGGAGCUGAAAGAGCCACCGGGCCCUUCCAAGGUGGGCUCUAGUGUGAGGAGAGGCCUGGACCUUAGAGAGGUUUUCAUUGCUGUGAAGACAACCAAGAGGUUCCACCAGACCAGGCUGGAGCUGCUGCUGGACACUUGGAUAUCCAAGGCAAAAGAGCAGACCUACGUCUUUACUGAUGAAGAAGACGAAACCCUGCAGAAGAGAAUGGGUGACCAUGUGGUAUUCACAAACUGUUCUGCAGAGCAUAGCCACCCAGCCCUCUCCUGCAAGAUGGCAGCCGAGUUUGAUGCGUUCUUGGCCAGCGGCCUCAGCUGGUUUUGCCACUUGGAUGAUGAUAACUACCUAAACCCACAGGCCCUCUUGAAGCUCUUGUCUUCCUUCUCUCCAGCCCAUGACAUUUACAUUGGGAAGCCCAGCCUGAACCGGCCCAUCCAAGCCUCCGAAACAAUGCCCAACAAUCAGACGAGGUCCGUGCGCUUCUGGUUCGCUACUGGUGGGGCGGGAUUCUGCAUCAGCCGCAGGCUGGCCGUCAAGAUGGCACCUUGGGCCAGCGGCAGUAACUUCCUGAGCACCUCGGAGCUCAUCCGCCUCCCGGACGACUGCACCGUGGGCUACAUCAUUGAGUGCAAACUGGGUGGGCAUCUGCUCCCCAACACGCUCUUCCACUCUCACCUGGAGAACCUGCAGCUGAUUCCCAGGCCCCAGCUCCUGCAGCAGGUCACCCUCAGCUAUGGUGUCUUCGAGAAGAAACUCAACACUGUUGAGCUGGCCGGCCCCUUCUCCCAGCACGAUGACCCCUCCAGGUUCCAAUCCCUUCACUGCCUUCUCUACCCGGACACUGCCUGGUGCCCACGGCCCGUCUGAGCUCCCACACCCAAAGGGUCCCACUCAGGCCAGCGACCCGCAGUUCGUGUUGUGUGUGUGUGUGGGGGGGUACUCAGGGAGCCCUGGGCGCUCCCUCUCUCCUUCGCAGUGACUGCCCUGCUGCAGCUAGCGAUAGAUUUGUGGGUCAGUGCUCGCUGAGCACGGCACAGGGUGAGCGGGUAGGAUCCACAGCAAGGCGUCCAGGUGAAAAUGUGGAAGGACACUGUUGGUGGAACAUUCAAAUGCAACCCAAUGCAAUCCCUCGGGCUCUGAGACCCUUGUGGGGGAUGAGGAUGGGCAGGACAGGGAAGUCGACGAGCCUCUGGUAAUGUAGGCAGUGUAGUUGUCGCCCUGUCGGUCCCAGGAUAUUCGAGAGACAAGGUGGGUGAGAUAACCUUAUGCCUCCAUUAACGCAGCGAGACUUUGGCCACAGAUACUGGCUGUGCAGCGAUAGAUGGAGACCUGGUGCCCCCUGCUGCCUGGAUGGAGCAUAUCUCUGGAUGCAUCCUGAGCCACACUGGCUGUGUGGGGCCGAGUGUGAAUGGAGUGUACAGCCGGCCUUCACUUCAGUCUCUGCUGGGCAGAUUCUCUCCUCCCUUUAUGCCCCCAAAUCCUUUCUCCCUGAGCCUACGCUGGACAAGAGCCUUUUCUGUCCUCUCAUUUGUUGAGCCUCUGCUGGCCAGGACUCCGCCUGCCCCAGCCCCCUUGCUAAGCCUCUGCUUAGAUAGUUUGGCUACAUUUUCACGUCAGAAACUCAAGUCUUUGAUAAUCCGUUUCAAUAAAAUGACAUUGUGGUCACGUC